AUGGUUGCAUUGCUGACAAGGAACAGAAUUAAGUUUGUUGAUGGAAGACUUCCAGCUCUUGAUGAAGACGAUGAAAAUUAUGACUUGUGGAUUCAAUGCAAUAGUUUGGUAAUUUCAUGGAUUCCAAAUUCUGUUUUUCCUACCAUAACUGAUAGUAUAAUGUACAUGGAGGAUGCUUCUUGUAUCUGGUCUGAAUUGCAGGAAAGAUUUCACCAAAAGAAUGCUCCCAGGGUGUUUGAAGUGAUGUCACUUUGUACUACACUAAGCUCAAAGGAAUGUGGGAUUUGCUGCAAGAAUACAGGGCACAACCUUGCUAGAUCUCAGAUCUUGCUCCAAGAUCCACUUCCAAAUGCGAACAAGGCUUAUGCCAGUAUAAUCCAAGAGGAAAAACAGAGAGGGAUUGUUAUACCUCAAACUGAAAAUAACCAGUCUUCUAAUGAUAACACAGAGCAAUUUGCUGGGAAUACACAUGCAAAUCACGGAAACAAUUAUUUUGACAACAAAAAUGAUAAUCAUCCUGUGUAUUCUCAUUGUGGCAUACCUGGACAUACCAUUGAUAAGUGUUACAUAAUUCAUGGAUACCCCCUGGACAUCAAUUGUAUGGCAAAUUUCCAAGAGAACACCCAAUAA